AUGACGCGUCGUCGUAGGGACGAAGAAAAGGAUGCGUCCUUCUCGCAUGCCCACUUUGAUACAAGCCGUCAGGCGAGUGAGAAUGCCAGGACCAGUGCGUUGGAUGAUGAUGCUGGUCUGCAUACAACGGAGCAUGCGGUCAUCUCCAUGUUUGAUUUGUUUUCGAUCGGGAUUGGCCCCUCAUCCUCGCAUACGGUCGGCCCUAUGCGAGCUGGCGCCAUAUUUAUCAACGACCUGCGUGAAGCGAAUAUACUUUCAUCUGUGGCGCGUAUCAAGCUCGCUCUCUAUGGCAGUUUAGCCGCUACGGGCAAGGGGCAUAUGACGCCCCAAGCGCUAUUGCUGGGCCUCGAAGGUGCGGAAUGUGAAACGGUAGAUACGGAGAGUGUACCUGCACGCUAUGAAGAGAUUGUCAAGUCGAAGAAACUGACCCUUGGUAAGGACACGCCUGAGCAUGGACCUGGUCAGGCAAUCUUUUUCGAUUACGACAAGGAUCUCGAAUGGAAAUGGGGCCAAACACUGCCGAUGCACUCCAACGGCAUGCGGUUUAGCGUGUUUAAUCAGGACGGCGAUUUGUUGGCGACCAAUGAAUUCUACAGCAUUGGUGGUGGAUUUGUGAUCAAUGGCAAAAUGGCCGUGGCUGAAAAGCCUGGACCGCGUGCGCCAUCUGACGAAACGGCUGUGACUCCUGUGACGGACGAUACGAGCGAGUCGCAUCCUAUUGAUAUUAUGGAAAACGUAUACUAUAAAAACAUUCGCCGGCGAGAUGCAGAGGGCGAUCGACGUGACGGCGUCUCGUCCAAUGAAUCGGUCGCCGCCGCCCUGCCUAUGCCAGGCGCCGACCCUAAUGCCAAUGCACCCGACACAACGUCCGACGCUCAUCAACCGAAAUUCCCCUUCCGGACGAUGUCGCAGCUGUUGGCCCUUUCUCGGAAGCACAAUCUGACCAUUGCCCAGAUUGUCUACGAGAAUGAGCUCACGUGGUACACACCGGAAGAAAUUGAUGCGAAGAUCAUGCGGAUUUGGGGGGUCAUGGACGAAGGGAUUCGUGCCGGUGUCAUGAGCGAGCAGGAAGUGCUUCCAGGCUCGCUACGGAUGAAGCGACGCGCUCCAAAUCUCUACUCGCGCCUCAUGCGUGGGCUUUAUAUGGGCCCACGUCGCCUAGGCAAUAUGACUGGGCCAGAGCAACUGCACGACCCAUCGCAGAAGAAACCGGCGACGGCUGAGAAGAAGAAGAAGGCAGAUGCGCCUGCCAGCCAACUUCCCGCCGUAAAACCACGCAUGCAUUCACGUCUACCGCAGAUCCGCGGCUCUUUCCAGCACGAUAUUAUGCCUGUACCGCCACGCCGGACCAACUUCCCUGAGAUGGACUGGCUAUCCUGCUGGGCCAUCGCGACGAAUGAGCAAGUUGCGUCGGGUGGUCGUAUCGUGAUUGCGCCGACACUGGGCGCCGCAGGCAUUAUUCCCGCAGUGCUUCGUUAUGUGGUGGAGUUUGUGGCCCUGACACCGGAAGACGAAGAAAACUUGGUCAAGACGUUCCUGCUUACCGCCGCAGCAAUUGGCAUGCUAUUCAAGCGCGGUGCUACGAUCAGUGCCGCAGAAGGUGGAUGCAUGGCCGAAGUCGGAACGAGUUGCUCGAUGGCCGCUGCCGCCUUUGCCGCUUGUAUGGGCGCCAGUCCGGAAGUGAUUGAGCAGGCAGCCGAGACAGCCAUUGAGCACAAUUUGGGCCUGACAUGCGAUCCUGUGGAUGGAUUGGUGCAAGCGCCUUGUAUUGAGCGUAAUGCGGUAGGCUCUGUGAAGGCCGUUGUGAGUGCGAAUCUAGCGCUUUCCUCCGGCGGCGUCCACUCUGUCACACUCGAUGAGGCAAUUCAUGCUGCGCGCCUCACCGCCGCUGACAUGCAUACCAAGUACAAAGAAACAAGUCUCAGUGGCCUUGCGACAACCGUAAAGAUCCCUGUCGCUGUACCAGACUGCUAA